AUGGGACUAUCUCCAGUUAUGGAUAAUAUUUAUUAUUUUGGAAUUUAAAAAAUUAAGGAUAUUUACCAUAUGAAUUAAUAAACAAAAAUAUUGUUCUAUUAAUUAAAAGUUGAAUAUUUGAAAUUUCUCCAUUAUAAUAAGAAAAUAUAAUGGAUUAAUCUAUAAAUUAAAAAAGAGAAGAAUAAGUUGCAUGAAUCCAGUAUAAUAAUUAGAAAUAGUGGGAAAAAAGAAAUUAAAAAGAUUCUACAAAAAGGGAAACAAGAAUAUAAAAUGUUGAAUCCAGAUCUUCAAUUAAUUAAAUAUAUAAACUAUAUCUUCAGAUUAUCACAUAGAGUGAAGCCUAGCUUAAAGAAUAAACAAUUAUCAGGGUAGGCGUAAAGCUUGAACUUGAAAAGGAUGCAUACAUUAAUAUUAAAACUACCUUCAACAUAUGUCAAUUUAGGAAAAAUAAUCAAAGUUCAUGCAGAACCCUGGAAAUUAAAAGUGAACCGAAAAAGAGAAAAAUAAACUCUUCUGAUAAGAAUGGCAAAAUUAGGUAGAAAAACAAGGAUAUCAGGAUCAAAUUAAUAUUAACUUGAGAUGAUAUUUAAGGGAGAAGUCAAUGAUUAAAAGGUGAAAAUUUUUUUUUUCCUUACAAGAGAUCCUACUAUUAAUUCAUCUAUAAAAAAGAAAUAUAUAUUCAAAUCAAUCAGAAUUUUUCAGGAAAUUUUAUUCUAGAUAUUAAAGUUAUUUC